AUGGCACAAAACAAUGAACAGCUCGACGCUAGUUACCGUCAGCUUCUAUCUCGAAUGGAAGCGCACAGAAACCGACUUGCGGAGGCGAUGGCAGGUCUAGAUACUCUCGAAGUCAUGCCUAAGUAUAUAGCUGGUGUCUUAUCCGGGCAGUUAUUGGGUGCGGUACUGCAGACUCGGCCUGAAAGUUCACAAUGGGAUUCGACUGCCGAACUAUGGUCUCGAUGUUCUCAUCACAAUGAACAAAUGCUUGACAUUCUCGUAUUGAUUUCACAAGUUUACAACGUGGAUAUAUCUUUCAUUCAUCAUCUUCCUCAGUUCCGAUCUGCUGAAUGGCGUGCGCUCUUCAUACUCGUCCGGCUCUUGUCAUACAAUGUUCGUGAUUCAAUAUGCCCGCUCCCUCAACCGGACACCAUCGGCAACGGCGACAUGCAAGACGCGAACACUGAUGCCGAGGCUCUGAUUCCAUACAAUCCAGAGACAGACUGUCCUGUCUGCCUCAUGAGUUACCCAAGAUUCGUUGAAUUUCCCUGUUUUCAAACACACAAAAUAUGUGAGAGGUGCCUCUUUCACAUGGUGUCCCGGGGCCGGGUGGCAUGCCCGCUGUGUAGAGCCGCCCCAUUUGCAGAUAUGUAA